AAGGAAAAGACCGCUCUGGUGAAGAAAAGCACCGACCUGGAACAGAAAAACACGGUCCUGGAGAAGGAAAAGACUGAUCUGGUGAGGAAAAGCACUGACCUGGAAAGGGAAAAGACCGCUCUGGAGAAGAAAAGCUCUGCCCUGGAGAAGGAAAAGACUGCCUUGGAGAAUAAAACCACCUCCUUGGAGCAGAAAAACAUGGUCCUGGAGAAGGAAAAGACCGCUCUGGUGAAGAAAAGCACCGACCUGGAACAGAAAAACACGGUCCUGGAGAAGGAAAAGACCGCUCUGGAGAAUAAAAGCACCUUCUUGGAGCAGAAAAACACAGUCUUGGAAAAGGAA